AUGGUGAAAGAUCACUCUAAGGGCCAUGUGGACAGUCCAGUGCUGGGGCAGAACAUGCAGGACUCCGCGUUGGGACCCAGCCCAGGAUGGCGGCUCUGGCCCAGAACACUGGGCAGAGCGGAGUCCCCAGUGGCCAGGGAGCCCCCAGGGGCCAGGAGCCCCCAGGGCCAGGAGGAGAAUCCCGAGGAGUCGAGGCCCCUCGAAGAAGACCGAGCUGGGAGAUGCCCCCCUGAGGAGGGGGACCUCUGUGAAGGGGCGGCGGGCGGCAGGAUGACUUUACCAGGUGAAGGAUCCCAGGGCUGUGGCCUUGGUGUGAGCCCUCGCCUUGGGGCCCAUCACGGCACGGGAGCCGGAUUCCUUGUUCAGGAGCCGGGCGGCCCCGCCUCCUCUCAUGACCCUGACCUGGUCACCCACGAGAGGCUGCACGCUAGAGAAGUCCCCUUUCGGAGCGCCGCGGGUGCCAGGGACUCCAGCCAGACCCCCUGCCUGGCAUGGCACCACAGAGUGGCCCCCGGAGAGGGCAAGCCCCCUGCGUGUGACUGCUGUGGCCGCCAGGGGCUGCCCCAGAGCCAGCCUCGGACCCAGCUGUGUGGAGUCCACAUGGACUGUGGGCCGUGUGGACUGGGGACGGGCGCCCAGACCUGCCCGAGCACCCCGCAUCCGACCUCCCUCCCGCAGGAGCGGCUCCAGGCGUGCGUGUGCGGCGAGGCCUUUGCCGGGAGGACCCUGUGGAGCCCGCAGGAGCGCGCACAGGAGGCCGAGAAGGCCCGCGCGCCUACCGGGUGCGAGAGACACUUUGGCCCCCACAAGCCGCGGCCGAUGGCUGAGGGUCCUUCAGUGUGUCCCGAGUGCGACUGGGCCUCGGGCCCUCGCCCCGGCGUCCCAGCCGCCACGGCCCAGCGGCUGUACGUGUGCGACGAGUGCGGCAAGGCCUUUGCACGAACCUCCAGCCUGCUGCAGCACGAGCGCAUCCACACCGGCGAGCGUCCCUAUGAGUGCACCGAGUGCGGCAAGGCCUUCGUGCGCUGCUCCGGCCUCUACCGCCACCAGAAGACGCACUCGGCUGAGCGCCACUGCAGCGUCACGGCCCCGGCCCGGCGCUCCUUCCUGCUGGAGCACACGCCCCGCGACAAAUCGUUCACGUGCGCCGAGUGCGUCAAGGCCUUCGGCCUGUUCUCACAUCUCGUGGAGCAUCGGCGCGUGCACACGGGCGAGAAGCCCUACGCGUGCCCCGAGUGCGGCAAGGCCUUCAACCAGCCCUCCAACCUCAGCCGCCACCAGCGCACGCACAGCAGCGCCAGGCCCUACACGUGCCCGCUGUGUGAGAAUGCUUUCAAGGGUCGCUCGGGCCUGGUGCAGCACCAGCGCGUGCACACGGGCGAGCGGCCCUACAGCUGCCCCGAAUGCGACAAGACCUUCCGCGGCUGCUCCGAGCUGCGCCAGCACGAGCGCCUGCACUCGGGCGAGAAACCCUACAUCUGCUGCGCCUGCGGGAAGGCCUUCGUGCGCAACUGCAGCCUCAUGCGCCACUAGCGCGUGCACACUGGCGAGCGGCCCUAUGCGUGCGACGAGUGCGACCGCGCCUUCAGCCAGCGUUCCAACCUCCACGAGCACGAGAAGCGACACGCGGGCGCGCGGCACCCUGACCGCGGAAGGGGCGGUGCACGCGGUGCAGGGGCACCCCAGGUGGGGAAGGCUGUGGUCCUGGACGUGCACACACGUGUGUAG